CGCUGCAAGACACAACUGAAACAAUAACCAAAUAGUUUACUGAUCACAGACUUUCGUGCUGUUGCUAAAAUUCGUUAAAAUGUAACAAAUGUUUAAAUGUUGAAUUAACGCACAAAUCAGUCUUUUUACCCCAAAUCUGAAAUCAAUUUUACAGUUCAUCUUCUCCUUAUGUAAAUAGUUAAUAGCACACACUUCCUAAUCUUUUAAAUCACCUGGAAAGUUGGGCACAGUUCAUAAUGGAAAUUCCCAAACAUGAGACGUCAUCUUCUCAAAGUGAUAUAAAGAGACUCUUCAUAGAUGACCGUAGAAGAGCUGUGCUGUAACAACUCCACAAAUACAUGAUCUCGAAUGCUGGCCAUACUGAAUUUCUAGAGUUUUUAAAAUGGAAUCGUCAGAAAACCUGCUGUCAUCACGACUGCUUUCACUGCUUAAGAACGGAGAGUGGGGAAAAGAUGAUGUUGUUAAACUGUUUGAUGCCCUUGUGAAAGAAUUUAAAGACUGCAAUGGUGAUUUUCACACGUGGAUGAUUAAAAAUCUUCAUCAGGUGGAGAUUCACAAAAUCAGAGCAUUGGAUUUGUCGUUGAAUGACCGUAAAACUGUGGGUCAUGUUGAGGCCAAAAUUAUUGAAAAAAGCAAAAACAUUAACGAGAAAACACUAAAUGAGAUUGUGGAGGAAAUCUGUGAACAAGCAGAUAUUGAUAAAGAGAUGAUGAAACGAGUGACAGACAUUGUGUCCUCUGUGAAUGAUUGUCUAUCAGCUUCUACAGCACCACAUCUACGAGGAAUAAAGCAGACUUUGUUUAAUCUCUGCAAAGCUGUAGAAAAGACAAUGAACUAUAAACCGCGAGUGACUCAGAUGGUGAGCUGGUGCAUUCUGGCUCUUUCUGAAUCGAGUCGACUGGUUCAGGUUUUAACAGGAGAAGGAAAGUCAUGUAUCGUGGCAAUGUUUGCUGCAUAUCAGGUCAAGAUGGGAAAAACUCCAGACAUUAUCUCCAGUUCUCCCGUACUUGCUGAAAGAGACGUUGAAGAAUGGUUUAACUUUUAUAAUGAAAUGGAUAUCACUGUUGAUGUCAACACCAAUAAAUCAAAGGAUGACGAGCUGAGAAAGUGCUACGGAUGUCAGGUGGUCUACGGUACGACUGAUCAUUUUGCAGGGGAUUUUCUGAGACAGCGCUUUCACAGAAGAAACGUGAGACCUAACAGAGCAUUCCAGUGUGUUAUAGUGGAUGAGGUGGACUCACUGAUGCUGGACAAAGGUCUCGAAGUGGUCUACUUAAAUAGCAAUAUGCCUCUAAUGGAACCUUUGAAUAAAUUACUGGCUGAAAUUUGGUUUGUCAUCAACCACCUGAAACAUUUAGAGACUGGAGAGACUUUAGGCCCAAUUCAGCUGUUCUCUCAGGUUCUGUCUGAAAUCAUUACUGAAAAUAAGAACAUGGAUCUUGUGCAGAUGACUGUAGGUGAAGCAAAACAACUAGAUAAUGCAAGUGUUGACCAAACAGAGGCAUUUCUAAAUAUGUUUGUGAGAAAAUUUUCUGAGUAUUCUUUUAAACUUUACCAGGAAGGGCCUGAUGGAAACUUACAAAAAGUCAACGAGAUCAGUCCUACAGGCACAGACAUGAAACAAGAAAUAUCCGUCCUUCUCCUGGAGAAUGGAAAAUGUCGUUUAGUGUACUAUGAAAAAAACAUUCUAGUUAAGUCAUUGGGUAAAAUGAUGUGUAAAAAGCCUGAUUCAAAGAAACAAAAUGAACCAUGUAUCCCAGGCCUUCAAGACCUCAUCAAUGGAAAGAUACACACCUGGAUUGAAAAUGCUUUGCUGGCCAAAACAAUGACUCUGGGGCAUGAGUACAUUUUUCAUGGAGACGGAGUUGUUCCUGUCGAUUACAAAUGCACUGGUGUUGUACAAAACAACAUGAGAUGGGGGGAAGGACUUCAGCAGUUCCUGGAGAUGAAACACCAAACUAAACUCUCAAACAUGACUCUAAUAACAAACUUCAUGUCUAAUGUCGGACUAUUCAAGAAAUACUCAAAGAUCUAUGGUAUCACAGGAACUUUGGGGGACCAAACAGAGCUUAAUAUGGUGAAGGAGCUUUACAAUGGCAUUGAUACCUUUAAGAUUCCCUCAUUUAGACGAAGGAAACUUUAUGAGCUAGAGGGUUUGGUGAUACCUGAAGAAGACGAGUGGAUCAGGACCGUCUGUAAUGUUGUUCGGGAUCAAGUGUCAUCCACAGACUAUCGAGGUCCACGAGCAGCUCUCGUCAUCUGUGAAACAAUCAAACGUGCAGACAUGUUCCGCACGAACUUUGCAGGCACCAUAUCACAAGACAAACUAAAACUCUAUGUGAAUAAUAACAUGGAUAACUCUACCGUAACAGGUUCAACAGUCCAAGCGGGAGACGUCAUCAUUGCAACUAAUCUAGCAGGUCGAGGGACAGACCUAAAGGUUUGUGAAAGUGUAAAUGAGGCAGGAGGUCUGUUUGUGGUGCAGACCUUCUUACCCCUGAACGUCCGUGUGGAACAACAAGCCUUCGGACGAACAGCUCGUCAAGGGAGUCCAGGAUCCGCUCAAAUCAUUAUGUGUGCCAGUCACUUCUCUGACUCUACUAAACUAGUGAUGGCUGAAAUAUCUCUAACUAGUUCGCUGAGUCGUCUGAACAGUCUUACAACUAAAUUGAUAAAGCUUAUGAAAAGUAUACUGAUGCCACAUGGAUCCACAGAGGGUCUUUUUGAGGAAACAGUUAAUAACUACCUGAAAAAUAACUGCUUUCAAACUCAUGAGGCAAUGGUCUCUGCUCUGAAAAGCCUCUUAACUGUUAAAUCAAUCCGAUUCACGGAAAACAAUCUGGAAAAGGCCAAAGCUGCCAGGAAUAUUCUGGUGAAGGCCAGACUGUCAAGGUUUCUUAAAAAAGACAUUCCAAAAAUCUUGAAAGAGGAAAAGCUUUUUUCGGUCUACCUUGACGUUUUGGAUGGCGUUUAUGAAGAUGCUGUUUUCUCAGACCAGCUUGAUGUAAUAGUGUCCUCUCUUCAUGAGUGUUGGGGUCUUUGGCGCCUGAUGAACCUCAGUGAGGAAAAACACAUUGACCUGUUGAAGGAACAGCUGAAGGUAGACUUAUCGAGUGCAAAGCAGAAACUUUUAAGGAAACAGUCCCCAUCCUCCAUGGUCUACUACUACAUCAGGUCUGGAAACAAUCUCCGUGAAAAGGGACGCUUUACUGAGAGCAUCAAGAUGUUCACCAAAGCUUUGGAGGAUGGUGCAUCAGGAGAGAUUAUUCCUCUCUAUAAUCGUGCACUGGCCACUAUUAUGAAGAAAGACGCUGGUUAUAUCACUCGAGCAUUGACUGACCUGGAAAAGGCUGAUAAGGCAAUAGAUUCAUACAAGUUACAUCUGGCAACGAUUCUGACUAAUGUGAAAUUAUCAAGCCAAGAGGCAAAUGUGGAUGGCAAAAAUUUGCUGACUAAACAGUUUCGAGUGAAGUGUAUGAUUGUAGAUUUACUCCAGAUGAACAUUCAAGACUCUGUAAUAAAGCUGAGAAGAGUUGAAAGCAGAAGAGGAAACGUGAGACUGACAGAAAAACAUACAGUGUUUCUGGCAGAAGGCUUGAUGAAGUGUGCCGUAAGUACACAAACUGACCUGGCUGAAAUUUUAGCAAUUUUUCUGAUCGAUGACUUUGUGACAAGAGCUGAAAUCAGUCGAGAUGAUAUGAGCCUGCCUGAAAAAUUUGCUAAAUUUUGGGCAGAACACUUUAUGAAGGGAACUGAAAACAGAGGAGAUGCGAAUCAGACUGAAAGACUUUCUAGUAGAAGGGCUUCUUCCUUUCUGCCUGAUGGCUCUCUGCUAGAGGACCUUAUUCUCAGUCCAGUAAGAGUUCUGAUAGAGCUGCUAAUGGAAUUUGAACACAUCAUGUCUUUGGGUCUUGAUACUAUUUUCUCUUUGGAGAUCAUGUCAGAGAGCACUUUCAGUGCCUUGUUUUCAAAGAUGUUUAAACAGUCUUGAAAUGUCACUUCAAUUGAUGAGAUAUCAGUGGUGGUUAAACUUACAUACACAUACACACACA